AUGGCUUUCAAAAACGGCUUCGGCGAGCGCCUGGACGAGCUGCGAUUCCCAUCGCCUCGCUCGCCGCCCCUGGACACCUUCUCGUCCCAUACGCCUCUAUCCCCCCCUCCGAAUCUGAUGUCGGCCUUUUCACGCCCUACCACCGACGUGCGCGCGAAUCUUCAACGCCGUUUCACCACCGAUGCCGGGAAACUGUCGUCUUGGAGCUUCCUCAACCAGCAGCCGGCACAGUCUCCCGAUUCUUUGGAUUUGUUGUCGUCGGCAACCCACCUUCACAAAUCCCAGCUGAUCGAGAAGAAGCGCCAACAUAUCGAGUAUAUGCGGGAGCAGAAAAAACGUUUCGAGGCUGAUAUGAAGUUACUGGACAUGCAGCAUGAAAAAGAGAGACAGGAGAUCGACCAGCUAGCUCGUGACCUUGCAAAUGCAGGUCUCUCUGGCCCUGUCAGUGAGCCAACCACACCACCUGAAUACCGGGAUGGUGGCUUUCCUACUUCAUUUGCACGCCCUUCACGCUUCUCCACCUCUAGUGUGACCUCAUCUCCAGGUAUCUUUAACAUUUUCUCACCUUCACAGGUGACCACGCCGCCAGCCACCUCUCAGAAUAGAAAUGGUGCUACCUCAGGCUCCAACCACCGCUUUUCUGUGCAUUCAGUCCCUGGAUCCAGACGGAACUCUGAAGAAGAAGAGUACUUCCCAGACUCAGUGGCUGCUUAUAGGCCAGGUCCAUCCAUCCACCGCUACUCAAUGCCUACGACAAGCUUGGCUGCUCAUCUAAAAUCCACGGCGGCAACUUACAACAGUCCAGCCAUGGAGCCCUUUAAUGCUGCUCGACUUUUAUUUGGGGACGAGAAAGGAACACCCAAGGAUGAGGAUCGUCUGCCCACUCCGGACAUCAAAAGCUAUCUUCAGAUGACCGAUCCUGACGAAAAGUUCCCAACUCUAUCCCACAAUUCUGGACUGCUUUCGGCGAACUCCGACGCUCUAGAUCUUGCCAACUCUCGUACUCCAGAGCCCUGGAAUUCUCACCACAGCCGCUACCGCUCUAUGCCGCAGGGCGAUCUGAACAUGUUCCGCUCGGAAAACCAAUUGGGCAAUCCUCUUGCGACGGAUACAACUCCCACCCAUCGACAUGCUGCUCGGCAUUCCGUUGAGGUGAACAUGUUUAUGGGCAAACAAGAGCCUACAACUCCUACUGCCAGCUCGUCUGCUCGUCCGGUCUCGUUGCAGUCCUCUUAUUCUACCAAUGAUUUGCCAACUGUAAAAGCCAACGGUGGUUUUGGCACUGCCAUAACCCCACCCAAAACCCACGCAGAGCAAUUUCAUCAGCACAACGCUAGCCUUGGCCGCAUUCCCGCUGGUGUUUCAAACCCUCGCUCAGCCAAGGAUUCUCCUGAGCGCGAAGACUCGAACAUUGUCUCCAACGGUGGUGCUUCACAGUCAGGGCUUCAGCCGACUGCUACUCCAUUUGGGCCGCAACUGGCUUCAGUAGCUGGUUCUUCUCUCGGUGGUCAGACCGCCUCCCCUAGUCUCUCUGGCUUUCAGGGCCAGUUCUACCCGUACUCCAUCCAGCCGUACAAUAGCAACGGCAUGUCAGUCAAUGGCGCGGCUGCUCAGAACUUUUCUACUCAAGUGCCAUACUCCGCCGGCUUCGCACAGAAUGGCAUGUUUCAAUUUGCAAGGGCCCCAGCACGUCCUACUAAUGUCACCACCCACCGCAGCGGAGAAACUGAAGCCCAGCAGGUUUCUCGUUUCGCCAAUCUGCCUUUGGAGCAAUACAGGGGGGAGCUUUACAACCUGUGUAAAGACCAGCAUGGAUGCCGUUACCUGCAGCGUAAACUCGAAGAGCGUAAUCCAGAACAUGUUCAACUCAUCUUCGCGGAGACGUACAUGCAUGUUGUCGAGUUGAUGACUGACCCCUUUGGUAACUAUUUGUGCCAAAAACUCCUCGAGUACUCGAAUGAUGAUCAGCGCACUCGCUUGAUUCAUAACGCAGCACCUCAGCUGGUCCCAAUCGCUCUGAACCAGCAUGGCACGCGUGCUUUGCAGAAGAUGAUCGAGUUCGUUUCAACUCCUCAACAGAUACAAAUGGUAAUAGAGGCUCUCAGUGGGCACGUGGUAGAGCUUGUUCAAGACCUGAACGGAAAUCACGUUAUCCAGAAAUGCCUCAAUCGUCUUUCUGCCGAAGAUGCUCAAUUCAUCUAUGAUUCUGUUGGCGCGCACUGUGUCAUCGUUGGAACUCACCGUCAUGGAUGCUGUGUAUUGCAACGUUGCAUUGACCAUGCCUCGGGAGAACAGCGUGCUCGUCUGAUCGCUCAAAUCACAUCCAACGCCUUUUCGCUUGUUCAAGAUCCUUUCGGAAACUACGUUGUCCAAUACAUACUCGAUCUGUCCGAACCGCAUUUUACCGAACCGCUAUGUCAGAGCUUCGCGGGAAACAUCCCGGCACUGUCGAAACAGAAGUUCAGUUCUAAUGUCAUCGAAAAGUGUUUGCGCACCGCGGAAUAUCCAAUGCGCCGUCGCAUGAUUGACGAAAUCCUUGUACCCCGUGAGCUUGAUGCCAUGUUGCGUGAUUCCUAUGCAAACUACGUCGUGCAGACUGCCAUGGAUUUUGCCGACGCCGACAGUCGCAAUCGGAUCGUCGAGGCUAUAAGACCUAUCUUGCCCUCCAUUCGCCAAACUCCUCAUGGACGCCGCAUUGCAGGCAAGAUAGCCGGUGCGGAAACGUCUGGACGGACCAGCGGCAACCCUAGUGGCCAGGUCACUCCCAAUGAUAUGACCUCUGGCCAGUUACCUGUGUCCAUGCAGGUCCCCCCGAAGCCAUUUGCAUCGCCUCAGGCUUCGUUCAACGGCAAUGCAUCUUCGGCCCAGCAGUUCGGUACGCAACAGCCACUCGUCUCGCCGGGCAAUGGCUUUAAUAUCACUGCCGGUUCAUCUGAAGUAUCAGCUUAUUCUCAUGCAGCAAACCACGGCCUUGCUCAGAGCCAGGCCUUUGGCAACGGAUUUUACUAA